AUGGCCAAAUUUCGCUUCCUAAACUUAGUGAAACCUGUAAUGAGGUUUCUACCUGAAGUCAAAACACCAGACAGAAGGCUCCUAUUCAAAGAGAGACUCAUGUGGACAGCGAUGGCGCUAUUCGUGUUUCUGAUAUGUUGUCAAAUCCCACUUUUUGGGAUUGUAACUAAUAGGUCAAGUGACCCUUUCUACUGGAUGCGGGUCAUACUCGCUUCCAACCGUGGAACACUCAUGGAAUUAGGCAUCUCACCCAUUGUUACCAGCAGUAUGGUUAUGCAGCUCCUUGCUGGCAGCAAAAUAAUACACGUUGACCAAUCGCUCAAGGAAGACAGGGCAUUGUAUCAAGCUGCUGAGAAACUUUUUGGGUUACUGUUCACCUUUGGCGAAUCAGUUGCAUAUGUGCUUAGUGGGAUGUAUGGUGACAUCAACACUAUUGGCAAGGUAAAGGCGCUUAUGAUUGUAAUACAACUAUUUUUCGCAGGUAUCGUUGUGAUUCUGUUUGAUGAGAUGCUUCAAAAGGGCUAUGGUUUGGGUUCUGGUAUAUCAUUGUUCAUAGCCACUAACAUUUGCGAAUCCAUAAUAUGGAAGGCAUUCUCGCCCACAACAAUCAAUACGGACAAGGGCACGGAAUUCGAAGGAGCUGUGAUUUCUCUGUUUUACUGUUUAUUCACCAGGAGUAACAAAAUAGCUUCAUUUAAACAGGCAUUAUACCGUGUACACGCACCGAAUUUAACUAAUCUACUAGCCACGAUCCUGAUAUUCAUGAUUGUGAUUUAUCUCCAAGGAUUCCGCGUUGAUGUGUCAAUUAAGUAUCAAAAUAUGCGUGGACAACAAGGCUCAUACCCAAUCAAAUUGUUCUACACCUCAAACAUCCCAAUCAUCCUACAAACUGCGCUAGUAUCCAACUUGUAUUUCUUCUCACAGUUGUUGUACCGUCGCUUUAAGGACAAUGUGUUUACAAACAUUUUGGGGCAGUGGCAGGAGACAGAAUAUGGACAAUCUAUACCUGUUGGUGGUAUUGCCUACUACAUCUCCCCACCCACAUCCUUUUCCGACAUCAUUAACGACCCGAUCCACACUCUCAUCUAUAUAUCUUUUGUACUCAUCGCCUGUGCACUGUUCUCUAAAACGUGGAUUGAGAUCUCUGGUAGUUCCCCUAGAGAUGUUGCGAAGCAGCUUAGGGAUCAGAGAAUUGGCAUGAUGGGUCACAGGGACUCUCCAGUUUCACUAACUCGCGUGUUUGGUAGAUAUAUUCCAACUGCUGCAGCGUUUGGUGGCAUGUGUAUUGGCGUGCUAACCAUUCUUGCCGACUUUUUGGGGGCGUUGGGCAGUGGAACAGGUAUACUUUUGGCUGUAACAAUUAUUUACCAGUAUUAUGAAUUGCUCAUCAAAGAGAGGGAGAGGGGCGCUUUUAUGUAA